GUAGCAGCGUAAGCGUUUAAUGUCGUUCGUACGGAGUUUGGGGGAAGGAGGAUUCAACGGCGACGUUUGGCCGUAAGCUAAUUCGUACAAGCAAGGUAACACUCGUUUUAUGAGCGGGACAGAGCGGAUCUGGGUCCUCGUUUCGCCCUCAAUCUUGUUGAUCCACCCUCAAUUUCCGGGAAAAAAUCUAAAAUUAUCACUUUUUUUAAAAAAUUUUAUUAAAACUACCACAUAUACCGAAAAAAUUCCAAAUCUACCACCAUUAAUUGAAAACCGCACUACGUAGGGGCGGUUACAAUAAAAACCGCACUGCAAGGUGGCGAUUUAACAUGGAACCGCAUGUCAGACGAGCGGUUUGUGUUUUUUGGGAAAACCGCUCUUCGAAGGAG